AUGGGAUUUGCUCGUUCCCAGCGGAGGUCGGUCCCAUCGACCCAGCAGGGAGCAGGGGGUUCGAAAAGCUGGAGACCGGCAAGCGAGCGCAUCCACACCGUUGAUCCCUGGGGCAAUGGCAACAACGACAGCCGGUCACAAGUGCUGCAAGUGGACCUCUGA